AUGCCAGAAGUCCCUCCCGGAGACAGUCCAACUGAGCCGGGGAACUCAUCUCACAAACUCAGCAAAAUUGAAACACUUAGACUUGCCAAAAAUUACAUAGAACUUUUGAAUGAAAUCAUCCAUGGAAACGAUUCAGUCCUAGCCACCAGGAUGGCUAGCCAACUCAACUGCCAUUUUUCGCGGAGCGUGGUUAACCAUUUAGGCAUAACUCAAAGCAACUUUGUAACAGAUCCUCUUGCCUCAAAAACUCUGACAAAGCCACCUCCGAAAAUACGAGAAGGUAGUAAUAUUGUUAGACAGCAGGUAUCACACAAGAAUCUUUGGUGUUCACAAUUUCCGUGGCCUACUCUGAAAGAGCGGGAUGAGGAGAUCAGUGGCAGAGAGAGGAGAAAGCAUCAGUUUAGUGCUUUGCCACAAAAUCAGCAGAAUCUACGUCAUUCAAAUGAAGAAAAGAGAGCUACAGUGACUUAUAACUUCAUAACGAACGGCAGCAAUAGCCUUAAUCAGAACCGUCAUAAUUUAUCACCAUAUUUUUCAAACAAAACCAGGAACCUGGUUCCAUUUCGAGAAUCAGCCCUUUGGAGUGAACAAGCUUGUCCAUCCUACUCUUCUACAUGUCCGCUAGAAAAAGCAAGCAAUACAGAAAACAUAACUUAUCCAUCCUAUGAAGCAAGGCACAACACAAAUUCAUUUUGCAAUGAUUCGAGAGAUAGCACAUAUCAAAUCAGAAUUAAAAAAUUGGAUAUAACGCAAAAUAAGGCUGAAAGACAGGAACAUGAUAUUUUUCAUAGACUUAAUGAAGAACCAUUCAGCUCACUUAAUUCCGAGACCUCGAGCUCCUUCACAUUAAUAGAAAAAGAUCAUCACGUCCAUCACAGACAGCAGAAUAAGGAGGGAGAACCACCAGAGACAAGCGCAAUCCCCUUUCGAGAACUGGCAAAUUGUACCAAAUCGAACGACUUUCAGGCACCUACUGAUGAUUCCGAAUUAUGCAGCUUGGCGAAUGCGAAGGCCUCAAACAACUCUUAUUUAUCUAGCAUCACUGUUGGAUAUAAUUCUGAUGCUUCAUAUUUCUACCAGAACCAGCCAUGCUUUGACGAUAAAACUCGUUUUCAUAAAUACGUCUACAAUCGGCCAUUUUCUGACGUCAAUAUGCAAGCUACUUCAUUGACAGAUACCGAAUCUCCCGCUAAUUCUUUGCUACCAUACCAAUGUUCACCAAAUUUUCCACUCACUUACUCAUCUUCGACUGUGCAUAGCCUCAUUAAUGCCCAUACCUAUACGAAUCACUAUGCCUAA